AUGUGCGAAUUCGAAAUCUCGGCCGUGUACUGCCCAUGCAUGGACGUGUACUGCAAGCAAAAGAUUACGGCCCUCGGCGAGACGCAGUUCACUCACGCCGGGCACAUCGGCAAGGUGGUGACGUGCUUCCGCACCGGCAAGCCCCUGUGCAUGGGCACGUUCCGAAACACGGACCCGGACCGGCUCCUCGUCCGGCACGGCAUGGACCCGAACAACGCCAACAGCACGCAGGACUGCAAGAAGGCGCGCUUCACAAUCUCGGAGAAGCUGCCCGACAUGCAUCUCGACGUGUGUGAGCCGUGCAAGGAGCGCUGCCAGUGGUUUGGGAACCCGCUGCCGCGGGGGAGCGGCGAGGAAAGCCCUUGA